AUGAACAAUAUUGCAAACCUGCUUCGGGCCCAGACGGGAGGCGGCAACGCACGCGCCGUCCCGACGGAGGAUUUGCGUGACACGGCCGAGACCGUUCAGAUCUCCUCCCUUGCGCUGCUAAAGAUGCUCCUGCACGGUCGGGCUGGGGUGCCGCUGGAGGUGAUGGGGCUCAUGAUUGGCGAGCAGAUUGACAACUACACCAUCCGCGUUACGGAUGUAUUCUCUAUGCCUCAAACGGCUACUGGCCAGUCCGUCGAGGCAGUGGACCCGGAGUACCAGGUGCAGAUGCUAGACAAGCUCUCUGUUGUGGGUCGCUCCGAGAAGGUUGUCGGGUGGUACCACAGUCACCCAGGCUUUGGUUGCUGGCUCUCCGGAGAGGAUGUGAUGACGGCGGGCAACUACGAGCAAUUGACCCCGCGGAGUGUUUCGGUCGUGAUUGACCCCAUUCAGUCUGUGCGAGGCAAAGUUGUGAUUGAUGCGUUUCGCACCACAAAAGAUGCAAUUAUGGGAGGGCGCAAUGUGUACGAGGAGCCGCGCCAAACCACAAGCAACCUCGGCUGGCUGACACGGCCGUCACCUAUUGCACUGACCCGCGGCCUUGAUCGUGACUACUAUAGCCUUCCGAUCACGUUUCGGAAGAAGAAUCAUGAGUUGGCGUUGUUGUUGAAUGUCUACAAGAAGGGCUGGCAAGAGGGUUUCCGCCUUGAAAAUAUGGAGAAAUUUGACCGACGGACGAUACGGGAAAAAAUCCGUGUAUUGACGUCGCUUGCGGAACAGGCGGAGCGUUUUAUUGCCCAGGGCCUUGACGAGGACGACGUGGGGAAUAUUGGCCGCAUGAAUCCCAUUCUCCACCUACAGAUGGAGGCGGAGGGGUUCAUUAAUGCCAAUUUGAACCAAACCAUCGGGGCAAUGAUCAAUGGCGUGGCCUUUUGA